UUUAGAGAUUUAGGGUUAAAACGAUAAGGCUCCAUCCUCGCUAGUUGUGGCGAGCCCCAAAACCAACUCCCAAUCCGCAUCUCCCUCCGCUGCGCCGGCGCCGCCGCCCGCCGCCGCCGUGGCCCGGCCGUCGGCUCGCCUCCGCCUCCAUCCUCGGGCACCGGACGUCGUCCCCGCCGCCCGGAGGCCGACCCCUUUGCCUCCUUAGGCCUUCUGCCCUAGUUCCGGCGGCCUGGCUCUAAAUUCGGCCGCAGCCGGCGCAGGUCGAUCACCGCCCGCGCGCCAUUGGAAGCGGAGGUGGAGAAAGGAAGCUGGCAUUGGUGCGUGAUUGAAAUGCUGACCUGAUUUUUUUUAGUACAUUGAGGAUUAGCGAUGGAUGGAGACAGUUGUUAUGUUAACUCACUGGUUGUUAAAAUCAACUCGCCAGAGUGGGAUGAUGGCACCAUGAUGGGGGCUAGUCCACCCGAGGAGCAACAUUCAACGGUCGAAGAAGUUGUUGUCGUGAGACGAAACCAGAAAAGAACAAAGAAUUUCAGCGGGAAGGAAGACGAAGGGUUGGUUUCGGCAUGGUUGAAUGUUAGUAAGGAUGUAGUCCAAGGCAUCGAACAAUCUCGUUGUGCAUACUGGAAGAGAAUUUACGAUUACUUCCACGCAAACAAGGACUUCACCUCAGACCGUUCUCAAAAUUCCCUCAUGCACCGCUGGUCUACUAUUCAAGAGAAUGUGACCAAGUUCGAGGGUUGUCUAAGCCGGAUUGGGGAUAGAAAGCAAAGCUGGGUUUCAAGUCAAGAUAAGAUUAUGCAUGCAUGUGCUCUGUACAAGGCCGAAGAUGAGAACCAUAGGCCAUUUCACAUGAUGCACUGUUGGAAUCUCUUGAGAAACCAGCAAAAAUGGAUUGAUAGGUCGUCUCAGCUGCCAUCUCACAAAAAACAGAAGAUAACCAACAAUUCAAGUCUAGGUAUGUCUACUACUACUACUGAUGAUACUGCGGCUGCUCCUCCUCCUCCUCCAGGAUUUGAGUUAUCGAAGACUCCAGAAAGUAUUAAUGCUCCUCCAAGAUGUGAGUUAUCUGAGAGACCAGAAAGUAGGAAUGCUCCUCCAAGAUGUGAGUUAUCUGAGAGACCAGAAAAUAGGAAGGGGGAGAAAGAAAAACUACGACGAGGUGGAGAUGUGGUCUUUGUGGAGGAUUUAGAUGAUUUGUUGGCAAAGAAGAAAGAGGCAGAUGUGGAGAAAGAGCUCAAGAAAGAUGAGAGAUAUAUACAAUCACAUGCCCUAGAGCAAGAGAAGGUUGCACUAGAACAAGCGAAGGUUGCAAACGAGACAAAAAAUCUUGAGAUGAGGAGCAAAGAAUUAGAAUUGAAGACCAAGGAGAUAGAUUUGAAAAGAAUGUUAGAAGAAGAGAGGAUUAUGACUAUGGAUAUUAGUGCCAUGUCUGGGCUACAACAACAAUAUUACAAGAGCUUGCAGGAGGAGAUCGUCACUCGACGAUUUAAUAGCUCGGGUUGACCUCGUAUGUCUAUUAUUGUUGUUACGGACUAUUAUGUUUUGCGAACCAUGUUGAAGUCGUAUAGAGAAUUAUGGUAAACAGCAAACCUUGUUAAAUUGUUCGGACUGUUAUGGAAUGCAUACCUUAUAGGCUUAUACCUUA